UCUGAGAUGGCUAGGGGAAGCGUCUGCCGCUCCGUCACCACCGUGCUGCUGUUGCUGGGAGCGCAGCCUCUCAUGGCAAGUCCCAGCCCAGUCCCAGAUGCCCAGCCUGAACCCAAGCCCAAAGCUGGAGCAGACCCAGCAGCAGACCCAGCAGCUGACCCAGACCCUCAGCUGGGACUGGGACCAGGUUUUGGAAUUGGUCCCGGGUACACAGGAGCUGGACUUUAUUCUGGGAGUUUAGGAAUCAAUUCUUUAGGAUUUACUGGGACUGAUGUUCUAAGCGCCUAUAGGUUAGGGCUUGGUCCUUACGGAUUUAAUGGCCACGGUUUUCAUAGGUACGGUUACCCUUACGUGGAGUACGGUUAUGUUGAGUCUUAUCCUAUCGUACAAGAACAUUACGGGCAUGCAAAUGACCAUUAUCACCACAAAGGUCAUCUUCACGACCACGAGCAUCUUCACAAGGGCCACGGCAAACAGUACGACCACGAUUCUAAGUACUAUCACGGCACACGGUACGGUCACCCACGGUAUGCUGGCAUAAACCCGUAUACGCCGUAUGAACAUUCGCCGUAUCGCUACAGGAGCUACAGUGCCUUCAGAGACUACGGCGGCCAUGACCGUCACGGCUACCGCCACUACGGCCAUCACGGCUACCGACACGGAGGUCAACACGUUCACGGUCACCGCAAGUCUCUGUACCAUCAUAAAUCGGAUCCUCAUCACAAACAUGAACAUCACAAAGAAUACAAAAGUCACCAUCAUCGUCAUCAUCACCACGGACUAAAUCACCAUAUUUCUCACCAUCCCGUUUACGCAUAUCAUGACUUGCAGCAUCACAGCCAUCACUAGCUGUUAUACUAGCGCACUAGUGACGACAUCACCAUCAAUCUGGAUCGCAUCCCGCAUUAAAAUUACACCCAAAUGGUGUUGGAUCCACUGUCUCGUAACACGUACACGUAGCCUACUGUUAACCCUGAGCUGAACGCGAAGCGUGAACGAAUUCAGGUUUCUUAGUCUUUAUAUAUGUUUAUAUAUUCGAAAAGAAUGUUGAAUAUUAUGUGUGAUUGACUAAAACGAAGCAGAGAAUAAAAGCGUAAGAUAUGGAGUCUGUCUUUAACCGUAAACUGUGAAUGAUAUCUGCCCUCGAAAAUUGCGAACACAUACGUGAACGAAAUCAAUUAUUUGUGACAGCAAUAAACGAAUAAACGAGACGAACCUCUCAUUUUGAGCGAUCUCCUGGAUGGAGAGUAAGAGUACUAAAUUCUAGUUAAUUUGAUCUGUUCGCUGUGUUUUUCACUUUGAAUUGAUGGGAAAGACUUUCAGCUCAAAAAUGACUUACAUAUUCCUAAUAGAUUGCAUUUUUAGUUUCAAAUAGUACAUUACAUAGAACUCGUUUCGUCAAUGAAUAAGCAGAAACCGUUGUUCAGAAAAUGUUUUAACAAAGCAUAGGAGCCCUCUCUUACAUUGAUUUUUAGGAAUGGGAUUCGAAGCCUAUAUCUCCACCUCUUAAUUUUUGACCGACGUAAUAAAAUGUGAUUGCUGAAUCCUCAGGAUAUAUUCGACGGCUUUAUUUAAAAUGUUUUUAGAAGAUUUAAAAUAUUAAGAAGUAAUUAUAAUUUAAAUAUCAAUAAUUAUUCAAAGGAAGGAGACUCCAAGGUCAUUUUCUGGUCCAACUGGCUGCAGCGGAUGAUACAAUAGAAAUGUCGCCACUGAAGAAAUAGGCCCAUGGCCUGUUGCCGAUUCUUGAUGAACUGUAGCACCUAAAUUGACCAAGUUUUUUUUUCUGUCGUUUGAUAUCAAAGCGUUUAACUUUUUUUAGAGUUCUUAUAUGCUUUCAGGCAAGAAUCACUUUAUUGAAGGUAAUAGCUUAUUGUAUCAAAAACUAAUUUUCUCUUCUAAUAACUUUGCUGAAGGCCUAUCUUCCUACUGCGCGGCUGAGUUACGUUUAAUAAAUGUUUUUUUCGUGAAUGUACUAAUUUUAAAACAUAUUCAAUG